CAAUUAAUCAGCUAUAAAUAGUGGACUAGAAAAACGUUCACAAGUCACAAUAUCAAAGCAUCAACCACUUGUCUAUUGACAUCUUUCAUAAAGUCAUCACAUUUAGACAAUAAUCACCAUGGAAGAAGAGAAACACCAUCACCAUCUGUUCCACCACAAGAAGGAGGAGGAAGAGGGUGGUCCAGUUGAUUAUAAAAAAGAAAUCAAGCAUCACAGUCAUCUCAAGAAAGUCGGUGAAUUUGGUGCUGUUGCUGCUGGUGCUUUCGCCUUGCAUGAGAAGCACAAGUCAAAGAAAGACCCAGAGCAUGCACACAAGCACAAGAUAGAGGAAGGAAUAGCAGCAGCUGCUGCAGUUGGGGCUGCUGGAUUUGCAUUCCAUGAGCACCAUGAGAAAAAGGAUGCCAAGAAAGAGCAAAAGGAAGCUGAGGGAGGACAUCACCACCACCACCACCACCGCCACCACUAAAUUUUAUUAGUUUUGUUUAAUUUCUAGCAGCUAUAUAUGGACUGCCUCCAUGUGUUUUAUAUCCAGUGUUUCUCUCAUGCGUGGAUUAAUUUGUUGUUUCUAUGUUAAUCUCGCCUUGUAAGCCUUUGUGUAUCGAUUAAUUUGGGACUAUUUGAGUGUUACUCACUUUUUCUU